GCCGCAGUUUGCUUCCUUCAAUCUCCCCAUUACCGUUUUGAAGCAACUACAAAGGAGAUCUCUCUGGCUUGUGUGAGUCUUACGUAUGGAGUUUGCUUUGGAUAAAGCUCUACAAGAGAUGUCACUAGAUGAUGAUAAACCAAUUGUUUUGAAAAACCUACCUAAAUACAGUUCCAUUGUGCGAAACGGCUGUAGUAUCAUUGGAAAGCUUUUGUGCCCUGAAAAUCAGAAGAUGUCAGCCAUGAUACAUGAGAUGCCACGACUGUGGCGAGUUAACAGCAGAGCAAAAGAAAUUGCUCUUCCGAACGACAAAUUCCAGUUUAUCUUUGACUCGGAAUCAGAUCUCUUGACGAUUCUCGAAGCUGGAGCUUGGACUUUUAAUGACUGGAGUAUGACCUUGGAGAGAUGGACAGAGAACCCGCCGGAAGACUAUCUAAAGAUCAUCCCAAUUUGGAUCAGAUUAAGGAACAUUCCGGUUAACUAUAAUACAGAAGAAACAAUCAAAGGUUUUGCAGAGCACAUCGGUCAAGUAACAGACGUGGCUUUUGAUCCUUCGAAGCCAAGAAGUAGAGGCUAUGUCAGAGUGCGGAUUCUUUUUGACAUUAAUAAGCCAUUGAAGAAUAGCAGGGAUCUUCAACUACCAACAGGAGAGGUAGUUAGCAUUGGUAUAGAGUAUGAACGUAUCAGGAAGAGAUGUUACCAAUGUUUACGCCUUACACACGAUAAGGAACGCUGCCCUUUUAACCCUUUAAACCGGCAAGCAAUUGCUACGGGAGGGAUGAAAGUUGCAAGUAUUGUCCCGAGUCGUUUGAUUCCUAAAAUAAGCAAAGAUGACCCGUUGUAUGGAGUUUUAACGGAUGAUGAUGUGGGUAUUGACCUGGUUUCCGGGACACCAAAAAUUGCAAAGGAAGUUUUAGAUGAGAUGAGACAGUACCUAUCGGUUGUGGAUCAACAGGAGAGGAAGAUUCGAAUUGAUAGGGUCCAUAAAUCAGUUUGGGGACUUGAGAAUGACAUUCAAGGUCAAAAAACUUUACUGCGUUUGGAAGCUCCUGCAAGGAUCACAACUGCCAUCAAUAAAGGGAAAGGAUUAGUGUUUGAUUUUGAUCACUCUGACAAUUCACCAGCCGGCAUAGAGAACUCACCAAGAAUAGGUAUCUCAGACGGGCAACAUGAUAAUGUUCAGCUAACACGUCAUUCUUCUUCCGAUAUCUUUGCAACAGCCUCUGAACAAUCUUGUGGUUCUACGGUCAUUCGGGCUGGCUCUACAGCUAGUCCAGCCGGAACUAAAGCUAAACCUACAAAGAAUCGGAGAUGCCCUAAUCAUUGGAAGAGGAAAGCUCAAGCACGGGCCAAAACUGCAGGUCUAGUCGUGCCUAAAGAGGUUAAGAAGAAUGAAGUCGUAAUGGUGUACAAGAGAAAGGCUACUGAUGAAGCCGCUAAUUCAUCAAAGCUCGCCAAGCGAGAUGAAGAGAAGGUGGUUUCGAAUGAGGAACCGCCGAAACAAGUAUGAGUUUUAUGAGUUGGAAUUGUCAAGGCUUGGGGGGCACCUUGACAAUUCCUACCUUGAAGGAAAUGCGGCGUGAGCAUUUUCUGGAUUUUUUGUUCCUCCUGGAGACUAAAAACUCCAGCAUUCA